AAAUCUGCAAAGUGUGGGAAGCCACUUCAAAAUACAUUCGGAGGCAGCUGCUGGAGAAGCGGGCGGUGGAUAUUGGAAUCGGGAGCUUUGCAGUUGUGCCAACUCGAGCCGCUGCUGGACAGGAUGGGGCUCUGGAAGUAGACACACCCGUUUUCCAGCUGAACCAACACGUCCAGACAUUUUACAACCUCAAGGAUUCUAAGACCAAAAUUCCUUCCGAGAUAUUCGAACAUCCGCUGAACUUCGAGGAGAUUGCUCAAACCAUCUACUUCCGCCCGCCAAUCGUAGAGCAGUGCAUCCAUGAGACCCUGCUCUUCUUUGCCGAGGCCCUCCGAGGAAAGAAGGAAGUGGACUUCUUGUUCAGGAGGCUUGGCAUUCUUUCUCUGAGAGGGCGACAGGUCACCAUGAACUUCUUUGACGACUGCGCCCUGGAGCUGGAUGCGACGGGCAACAUGCUGCCAGCUCUUCUCGGGGACUCCGAGAUGAUGAACAUGAUUGCCUUUCGAGGCAAAAGCAAAUUCACUCGACGCAGCGUGGACGGCUGCAUCGUGCUGCCAAGGCUUCAAGUUGAGGGCUCAAAGACUUGCCAAGAAACGACAUCCGUCAAGCCCCAGAGAGAGCUGCAGCCGUGGGUCGGGGGUGCCCGAAGAGUGAGUGUGUACGAUCCGGUGAUGCUGGCUCGGCGCAGGGUAUCUCAAGUGGUGAGGGUAGAGAAGAAGCAGAAAGAGGAGGAGAAGAAAAAGCAAAGAGUCCGAUUCAGGUUCCUGCCACAGCUUGAGCAGAUGUACAUGGAAGAGCUGAAGCAGCCAAAACCUCCAGCUCAGCCGGGGCCCUCCGCCAGUGCCCAGCAGGCCUCCAAAAUGGCAGCGCGCUCGGUGCGCGCUCAGAUCGAAGAGAGACGGCUCCGCGUGCUGAUGGCCUCCAAGCGCAAGGAGGUCAAAGCCGAAAUCCAGAGCCAGUGCAGGGAGUGCACACGGCGGCAGAGCGCGGAGAGAAGCCAGAACCCCUUCCACCGCCUGCUGGAGGUUGAGCCUCGUCCUUCCUACAUCCUGAGAAGGGAGUACGACCAGAAGCUGAAGGGGAAGGACAGGUACCAAAGCCCUGCAGGGCAGACAGAGCCACAGGAGCGGCAGGACAAUCCGCAGCUCCCAGGAGCAGCACGGGAACGGAACGGAGAGAAGACGAGGCUCUUGGAGCGCCGUGGGAAGGCCCGGGGCCUGCAAGGCAGCUUCCAGCUGCAGCGGCCGUAGACAUCGCGGCCUACACCAAAACGCUGCGGCAGGCACCAGCGACUGCACCCAGGCGCACUCAAGCAGAACCUCCCACGGCUGCACGCUGCCACCUUUGCAGCGGGACAGCUGUCAGCAGCGGGGGCGAGGGGCACCUUUCCAAAACGGAAUUGACACCUUCACUCAACUAAAGGGAAAUUCACAGCUUCUGUAGUGUUUGCCUUACGCGAUCGUUUUGUGCGCGCAAAUUGCACUGCUUCAGCAAUUACUUCAAGAGUCUUCAGCAAAGUGGCAUUUGGCCUAGGGAAGGUCGUUCGUUACUCCUAGGCAAGCCGGACAUCUGAAGCCUGAAAGCAGAGCCUCAACAUUCCACAAACCGUGGAGACUUACACUGUACCCUGCUAGGGUUGGUCAGGUAGGCCCUCUAACAAGUGGUAACUAGAAACUAGUCAGCAGACGACUUUUUUGUUAAAAAAUUCUGGAGCAAACAUGGGACCUGCUCUACUCGGCACGCCAACUUUUGGCCGGAUAGCACCUGCCAGUGGAACCCCACGACCACCAAAGACCCCUUGCAAGAACCCCACGUUACCACUGUUCAUGCAGAGUAUUAGAUUUUAGUACGUUCAGCAAUUCUCGGAGCAGGUGGGCACUUUCCGGAAACUGUAUGGAUAUGCACGCACGCUGAAUGUCUGUAAUCUGUGUGCUUUAGUUGCUGGGUAUGCACGUGAGGUGGAGCAAUCCCCCAUGCAUCCGGGGCCCUUAAGAAAGAACACCUGCUGCUGAAUACCACGUAGCUCUCCAGGAGUUUCAUUCUGACAGGAGUUUGUCCGGUAACGGACCUGCCAAAUACAGACUGUGUUUAAAAUACAGUCUGUGUUUAACAGGAGAGGAGGAGCCCUGCAACCUCCAGUGCGGCUCACCGGGCCUGAGAGCCACCUCUCCUGGCGGAGGCAGCUCACGCCAGAGGGCCUCAGGCCCUGCUGCCCGUUCCAUUUGCAGAGCUGCCUCGCGUGCCUCCACGUGUCUUCCCUGCGGAAUUUAAGUGUUACAGGCAGCCCUGCAAGGCUGCCCUCAGCAGCAAAGCUGGGUCACCUCAGGGGACGGCGCAGAGAUAACCUUCACACCCACCCCCACCGCAGCUAGAGGUAGGGAGAUAUUGGCCUCAUUCACCAACACAGCAGAAACGUUGUUUUCCGUGUUUUAAGUCAUAACUGAACACGCUCUAAAUUCACCAUCACCACCAGACUGGGAUUUGAUAUUUAUAAGGACGCAAAGUUGGGGUCGGCUGGCAGAAAGUGAAGCGCUCUCCCGCGCACAGACAGCUGCCAGGAGGCACUCAGGUGCCUGUGGUGCACCCAGGAAUCUCUCCCCAUGAGAUGUUCUUGAGAAGACAGCAAAAGAAGAGCUGGGGAGACUCUCCUACUGCUUGGAAUCUUCUAUCGCUCAAAAAGCUUUUCUCCUCCUUCGGUUUCACUAUUUAGUUCACUGGACCACUUUGCAUUAACUGUCCUGCAGCUACCAAGGAGGUGGGAAGAACCUUGCAGGGAACCUGGCCAGAAAAGCUGACUCUCCUCCCUACAAAUUUCAGGCAGAAUGGCUUUGCGAGUACAACCAGAAGGACAACAGGUAGGUCCCUCUGAAAGCAAUGCCUCCUAUUUGUUGCUGUGGAAACUGCAGCAGGUACAGA